ACCGCUCCAAAAACAAACAAAGCUUCAAUUCUCCUCGAGAAAGCCCGCCUUUUGAAAACGCCGUGAUCUCGUUCACUACCAUCUUGCGGGCCUUUCACCAAACGAACAGCUUAGCAACCAAAUCUGUAUAAGUUGACUGCUCUUCGAGAGCGGGCUUAUGUACGCGCGCCAUGGCCCAGCAGUGCAGCACAGUGACCGUGUUGGAUGGAGAAGCGCGGGACUAUCUUCCCAUUGAGAACUAUGGCAUGAUCGGCAACAUGCGGACAUGUGCGCUCGUCAGCAUGGAUGGGAGUAUUGACUUUAUGUGUUGGCCAUACUUUGACUCGCCAUCCAUCUUCUGCCGGCUCCUCGACAAGCACAAAGGCGGCUUCUUCAGCCUCUCCCCUUCCCCCUCGCUGACGUGCAACACGAAGCAGCAGUACCUGCCGUCCUCGGCGAUCCUGCAGACGCGCUACAUCCACGAGGACGGCGUGGUCGACGUGGUCGACUUCUUCCCCCGUCCCAAGAACACCACUAUCCUGUCUUCCGGGACGACCAGCCACUAUGCGUACCGCGAGGCUCAAAAUGUGCCCGGGGAGCUCAAGAAGUGGCUCGUCCGCAGAGUCGAGUGCAUUCGCGGAAGCAUGUCGCUAGAGAUUGAGAUCUUCCCGGCCUUUGAUUAUGCCCGAGAGGGGCAUAAGACUACCAUCCUUGCACCUGAGCGCCGUGCGGACGACGGCAUCAGCAAGACCGUCACGUUUCAUGGCAAGACCGAGAGGCUCCAGCUCGAUGUGGUCAUCUGCGGUGCCAAGACGCCGUCCUCGUCCUCGCCCGUCAUCUCCUUCAAGAAGGAGCUGCGCAAGGGCAUGACGGGCGAGGGCGUGCACGCGACGGUCGAUUUGCAGGAAGGCGAGCACGUGUCCUUCAUCCUCCGCGAGGACCUGGAGCAGCAUGUUGCGGCAGUCAUCACCCCGGAGAUUGUCGACUCCGAGCAACAUUCCACGCAGGCGUUUUGGUUCAAGUGGCUCUCCAAGAGCAAGUACCGAGGUGGAUGGCGGGAGGUGGUCUCAAGGAGCCUUCUCAUACUCAAAAUGCUGACUUUUGAGCCCACUGGGGCCAUUGUCGCGGCUCCUACCUUCUCGAUCCCGGAAGCAAUUGGCGGUCCCCGUAACUGGGACUAUCGAUUUUCCUGGGUGCGUGACUCGAGCUUCACCAUCUAUAUCCUGCUCCGCAUGGGGUUCAGUGACGAGGCAGACGCGUACAUGGCAUUCAUUGAUGAGCGCCUGCGAAAGACGGUCACGGCAAACAGCGCCCUGCCGAUCAUGUUUACCAUUCAUGGCGAGACGGACAUCCCCGAGCUUGAACUCGACCACUUGGAGGGCUACAAAGGCAGCAAGCCAGUCCGGAUCGGAAACGGAGCAGCAUUCCACCAGCAGUUUGAUGUAUAUGGCGAGCUCAUGGACGGCAUAUAUUUGUACAACAAGUACGGCAAGCCCGUCUCUUGGGAUACCUGGACUCUGGUUCGCAAAAUGCUCGAUUAUGUCCUCACAAUUGUGAACGCAGAGCCCGACAUGUCGAUCUGGGAGGUUCGAAACCAUAAGCAGAAUUUCGUCUAUUCGAAAGUCAUGCUUUGGGUGGCAUUUGAUCGUGGUCUGCGACUGGCCGACAAGAGGUGCUUACCGUGCCCGAACCGUGCUCGCUGGACGGAGGCGCGGGAUACGCUCUACGAGGAGGUGAUGGAGAAAGGGAAGCGCUAUAAUCAAGAGCUGGGCUGCUUCGUGCAGAGCUACGAGAACAACACGAUGCUGGACUCUUCGAUUCUCAUUGCGCCUCUUGUCUUCUUCAUCGCACCGAACGACCCGCGGUUUACCAAGACGGUCGAUCGUAUCCUGCUGCCGGUCGACAAGGGUGGUCUGACUAGUGCGGGCCUCGUUUAUCGCUAUGAUACGGCGGCUUCGGACGAUGUAGGCGUCGGUGGAGUCGAAGGUGCCUUCAGCAUGUGCACGUUCUGGCUUGUGGAGGCAUUGACCCGCGCGAGCAGCUACGACUCGAAAUACUUUGUCAAGGCCGUCAACCUCUUUGAGAACAUGCUCUCGUUCUCAAACCACCUGUACAUGUUCUCUGAAGAGAUUGCUAGGAGCGGACAGCAGCUGGGUAACACUCCGCAGGCAUUCAGCCAUUUGGCCCUCGUCAGUGCCGCGUUCAACUUGAGCCGGGUGACGGAUGGCAGCAAGAAUAGCAUGAAGUAG